AUGCAAACCCUUCUGAAGCGCGGAUUCAGUCCCACUGUCCAGUCGGUGAAUCGUCUCCUCUCGUCGCUCCUCCGAGCGGGAAGGUACCGGCUGCUGCUCCACGUCUUCUCCCAGGUCACGUCCAACUCGGUCUGGACUGACUCCUUCGCCGAUAACCUCGUCGUUCGCGCCUUCCUCAAGACAGGGAGGUUCGAGGAGUCCGAGGGUCGAAUUGCCGGCGGCAAAGAAUCGCGUCUCUCACGCAAGAAGGGUCUCUGGGAUGCUCUGAUCCAAGGGGUCUGCGUCGUGGGGAAGGACCCCGAGAAGGGCUUCGGGUUGCUGCUGAAGUGCGUGAGGAGCAAUGCUGCGUGCCCUUCCCAGCACACAUUUCGUUCGUUGGUCUUCUCUUUUAGCUCUGCAGGGAGGAUGGAUAGAGCAAUCGAGGUGGUGGAGACGAUGAUAUCCGCGGAGGUCGGUUACCCCAUCGACAAUUACGUCUGUAGUUCAAUAAUUUCCGGGUUCUGCAAAGUGGGCAAGCCAGAGUUGGGGUUGGGGUUUUUCGAGAACGUCAGAAAAAAUCGUGAAUUUGUGCCUAACUUGAUGACCUACACGGCUGUUCUGGACGCUCUGUUGAGAGGCGGGCAGAUCGAGGAGGCUUCUGAUUUGGUUCAGCUGAUGGAAGACAAGGGGGUGGCACCGGAUGCUUUUCUUUAUGGCUGCUGGGCUUCGGGGUACGUAAAUAAUGGAGCCGUGGGAGAAGCUCUUGCCAAGCACAAGCUGAUGGUAGACAGGGGAAUUAAGCCGGAUGUCGUUAAUUACAGCAUUCUUGCUGAUGGGUUCUGUAAAGAGGGUAAUGUGGAGAAGGUGAUCGGUCUACUGGGCAUGAUGAGCGCCAAUGGGGCUGAACCCAACUUGAUCACCUACACGUCCAUCUUACAGGGUUUCUGCAAGAGAGGGAAGCUAAAGGAGGCGACAAGUUUACUGAGGAAGCUCGAAGAGCUUGGGCUUCCUGUAGAUGAAUUUGCGUACUCAACCUUGAUCAACGGGUGGUGUAGGGAAGGAGAUUUGGAGAUGGUUUUUAAACUUCUCGAUGAAAUGGAGAAGAAGGGGGUUGAAAUGGGGACCGUGACUCACAAUACUGUGAUCAAUGGUCUGUGUAAAUUGGGGAAUAUGACAAGGGCGAACCAGUUAUCAACAUGUUUCCAUGGUGAUAUUAUAGGCUUUAGUACAUUAUUAUGCGGAUACCUUAGAGAAAUGAAUAAACCAGGGGUCCUGGAAAUUGUGAACAGGAUGGAGGAAGCUAAAACGCCCAUGGAUGUUGUUGGGUGUAACAUAAUCAUCAGUGCUUACUUCUUUCUGGGAAUGUUCGAGGACGCUUUGUUGCUGUUCCGGAGAAUGCCUGAGAUGGGUCUGGCCGCCAACUCUGCCACCUUCAUGUCAGUCAUCAAUGGUUGCUGUAAACUAGGGAUGGUUGAUGGGGCGCUGGAGGUGAUCGAUGAGUAUGUUUCGACUGUUUUAGAGCCUAAUCUUGCUGGUUUCAGAUGUAUAAUUGUAGCACUCUGCAAGGGAGGCAUGCCAGGAGCAGCAACCGAGGUUUUUAUACGGCUCACUUCGAGAGGUCUUGUUCUUGGGCCCGGCGCACAUCGGAUGUUGAUCAAAACAAGAUAUAAGGAAGAUCGAGGUGUAGGGGUGAUGAAGUUGCUGGGCAGUUUGGAUGGGCUCUUGCAACCCGAUUUGCUCUCUUCGGUAUGUAAUGAUGCCAUGGCCUUCUUGUGCAACAAGAGGUGCUGUGAGAUUGCAAAGGAGUUGUUCAUAUUGGCGAGAAGAAACAACUGGGUUAUUACUGUGAAGUCUUAUUAUUUGCUUAUAAAAUCCCUUUGGCGCAAUGGACAGCUCGAUCUGGUUUCACUGGUGGUGAACUCAUGCAUUAAAGAAUAUGGAUUUUCAGAGCCCAGAGUGAUAAACGUGCUGAUCCUUUUCUUAUGCAAGAAAAAUGUGGAGAAAGCUCUUUGGCUUCUCAAUCAGAUGGCAAAGAGGGACGUAUCUUACUGUGUCUCCACAGCGAUUGUUGAAUCCCUGAAGAGGGUGGGCCGAAUCGAAGAAGCAUACAAACUGGUUGUGGAAGCUAAAGAAAAUGGCAUGGCCGUUGAUGUGGUCGCCUACUCCAUUGUUGUCGAUGGACUGUGCAAAGAAGGACAUCUGGAGAAGGCAUUAAUGCUUUGCACAAGGAUGAGAGAUUUAGGUCUAGAGCCUAACAUUUUUACAUAUAAUUCAGUAAUUAAUGGUCUUUGUCGACAGGGGUGUCUGAUUGAAGCCUUGAGGAUGUUUGAUGCAAUGGGACCGAAUGAUGUGACCCCCACUGUGGUCACCUACGCUACUCUCAUCCACGCUUUAGCUACAGAAGGGCAUCUGACAGAUGCAAGGAAGCUGUUUGAGAAAAUGAUAAGCAGUGGCAUACCUUCAAAUCUUCGUGUUUACAGCAUAUUGAUAAAUGGGUAUUGCAGAUUUGGGGCUGUGGAAGAGGCCAUGGAGCUCCUUCAGCAGUUGGAGGAGACCUCCAUGCAGCCGGAUCCUUUCACGGUCAGCUCUCUGGUCAAUGGCUUUUGCGUGCUGGGCGACAUGGAAGGUGCCCUGGGAUUUUAUGCAGACUAUAAGAGAAGGGGAAUCGCCCUGGAUUUCCUGGGCUUUUUGCUCCUGAUUGAAGGGCUCCGUGCCAAGGGAAGAUUGGAGGAAGCGAGAUCCAUCCUUUGGGAUAUGCUUCAGUGUCAAUCCAUCAUAGACAUCGUAAAUAAGCCCAACAUUGAGAUUGAAGGGGGAUCGCUACUGGGCUCCCUCGCGUUUCUAUGCGAGCAGGGACGAAUCGAUGAGGCCAUCGUGGUACUCUGUGAGGUCGGAUCGUUUACCUCCCCUAUUGGGAGAUUCAUUGGUGACUGUAGGAGGGCUGCUCUUAAAAGGUCAUAUAAAGGGGAUGAAGAUUUAUCUAUGGGUAACAGAGUUGAGAACCUGGACAGGGAGGAUCUUUCAUCACCUGUCCAGGAAUUUUCGGAGGAAGAUGAUCGAAGAACUAACCUGGGCCUUAGGACCCCAAAACUAUGUCAUUCGGACCUCGUUUCGCGCAAGGGAGAUGGACAAGGUUUAGGGACGGAGGAUGUUGAAGAUCUGAUCGGCAGAUCCGAAUUCCACGACUUUGACUUGUACUACCCUGUGAUUGCUUCUCUUUGCUCAAAAGGCGAGCUGCAGAAAGCUUCCUAUGCCCUGAAACAUGUCAUGGCGAACUCUGGAAAGCAUUCUUGA